UUACAUAUAGGUCUAGAAUAAUCGAUUGAAUUCAAAAAUGACACUAAAUCUUUUCCACAAACACAACUAAAACAGCAUUAAAAAUACUUCAACAUUCACAGGCCGACGAUCAAACUAAAGCUUCCUUUACAGAUGAAAUAAAGCCGUGAUCGCAUGGACGACGCCAGCGUUCCGGCCCGGCGCACCAGCCGGACGGCACCCGCUCCCCGUUUGGCACAUUCCUUAUCUAUAGCGACGCUCUGAGGUUCGGUAGCGGGGCCAGGCCGGCAGACAACGGAACUCGGACAAUAAUACCGCCUUUACACCAAGAUGAACUCCACGGAGACCAGUCUCGAUGUCAACCGAUCUACACCGAUUUACACCAUCGGGACCAGCUUUAUUACGCAAUGGAAAAUGCAGAAAAUGAAGCAACGGACAUGCCUAACCACAGGAGGGUACCAAGAGUGCCACGGCGAGUACCUGAUAGCCAAUGGUACUAACUACACCGACGUAUAUUACUUCAACAACACCUUCGAGAAUAUCCUCUCUGCUAAUGGUGGAUUGCAACCAGUUCUCCCACCGUUUCCUCUCUGGAUGGCCGCGAUCUUCGCGACCUGUCUCGUGCUGGUCAUCCUGCUGACUGUGAGUGGCAACGUCCUGGUGCUGCUCGCCUUCCUCGUUGACCGCACCAUCAGGCAGCCCAGCAACUACUUCAUAGCCUCCCUCGCUGCUACUGAUCUGCUCAUUGGUACUCUCUCGCUACCGUUUUACACCGACUACGUACUAAAGGGGUACUGGCAUUUGGGGCCCCUGCUCUGCGACCUUUGGCUUUCCGUCGACUACACAGUAUGUCUCGUGUCACAGUACACUGUUCUCCUCAUUACCGUGGAUAGGUUCUGUAGUGUAAAAAUAGCGGCGAGAUAUCGAGCGUGGAGGACGAAAAACAGAGUCAUUUGGAUGGUAACCGUUACGUGGAUCAUACCGGCUUUACUAUUCUUUACGACAAUAUUUGGAUGGGAACAUUUCGUCGGCUAUAGGGAUUUACAAGAAGGCGAAUGUGCUGUACAGUUUCUCAAAGACCCAAUAUUCAAUACAGCUUUAAUAAUAGGUUAUUAUUGGACGACUCUAUUCGUUUUAAUUGUACUUUAUGCUGGUAUUUUUAAAACCGCUUACGACAUGCAGAAGAAAAGUGAGGCAAAACAAAGGAAGAUGCAGUCCAUGGUCGCGCUGAGUGCUGGAGUUAUGACAGGUAUGGCAGGCCGGGCUGCAGGGAUGGCAGCCCUAUCAAAAGCGACAAUAUCUAGUGAAGAUCAAAUGAAGGUAUCCGAGUCCAUCCGUAAAGAUUCUACGUCGAAGGGUUCUCUCGCGGCUCCAUUGUUAAAUCUCGGUGGAUCUAGCGAUUCUAAUUCGAGUCAAAAAUCUUCGGCUCAUAAGAGUAGUGCUACAGCUACCGGUACUUCUACUACAAAUGAAUCUGAUGACAGGAAGGAGGAUCAGGUAGAAGCCGAACGGUCCAGCAGCCCAGCAUUUGAUUCUGAUGAGGAAAGUACUACACAAACAAACGUCAAGAAGCGCCCUUCAGUCGCCAAUCUGGUCAUGCAGACUGGUGCUUUGCAACUUCUAAACAAUAUGCGUCUCAAUGGAGGAAUGAUGAUUAAAACUGACUUGAAGCAAUCUCCAAUUUUAAAACACGAGACCGAAAAGCCGAAAUCGUCAUUGUCACAAAUAUCUGAAAAAAGUCUACUGGAUACAGACAAUCCUGAUACGUCACGGAGUAAUGACACACCAGUACCGAACGCACCACCUUCUAACGCUAGCUUUAUGUCUCCGAUAUCAUCAGGCAUAGCAACACCGUCCGAACAAAGAGAAGUAUCGACAACAAUUGCCCAAAGAAUCAUUCCACCUCCGACUGAAUUCAGGUGUAGUCCUCCUGUUUCCGAAAGCCCGCCGUCGCAUUCAGAAUCAUCCCGAACCAGGACUGUCCGACUUGUGAAAGGUGACGGUACGUCUUAUGAUAUGCUCGUAGGUAUGGAUGGAGCUGACUUGAGGUAUAUGGAUGAGAGCUCUGUCAAUGUGCCGUCACCUACCUACGAAAGUCCACCGUCAUCCGUCACAUUCCCAACUGCAACUGAACCAUCAUCACCCCCAACGUUAAACUCGGCUAACGAAACUAACAAGUCUUUAUUACAGGCAGCUUUGAUACGGGCCACUGCAGAAGCUCAAGUUACAGUGCCCAAAACAAAUUUCUCUCCGCCUCCCCCAAUUAAGGUCAACACCGAGGUGAGUUUAACUACAGGGGAGCGCUCAAAGCCUGUUAUUACACUCGUAUCGUCGUCUUCCAAUAACAAUGAGUCUCAACCGCAGAAGCCGGCCGAAGGCAAAACGUCUCCUUUGAAACUAAAUCCCGCAAUAAGUCCAGCGGUCGAGAAUAGUGAUGUAUCAAGUACUGUAGUAACUGGGUCAGGCCGCGGCGACUCCAAGAAAGAGUUUGUAAAAAACAUCGGAAAAAAAUUGAAAGUUAAACGUUCGAAGCGGGACGGCCUGUUUCCGAGCAUCGGUCGGCAGAAAUCUAAAUCAGAAAAUAGAGCGAGGAAAGCUUUUAGAACUAUAUCGUUCAUAUUGGGUGCUUUCGUUGUUUGUUGGACUCCAUAUCACAUAUUGGCUUUAGUGGAAGGCUUUUGUACGGAUCCGCCUUGUAUUAACAAACAUUUGUACAUGUUCUCGUACUUCCUGUGUUACGCGAACAGCCCGAUCAACCCGUUCUGCUACGCGCUGGCCAACCAGCAGUUCAAGAAGACCUUCACGAGACUCCUCCGGGGCGACUUCCACAUCACCUAGUCCAUGUAUGUCGGUCACCGUAAUGCGUAAACAGGAACACUCGACCGAGUCCAAUACCAAAUGUUUUGCGCACAAUUUUUAUUGAUGAAUGUUUAUAAAUAGGACAAUACCAAUAAUUAAUGACUUUGUUAAAAGCUUUCAAUGUAUAGAAAUGGAAUCGUGUAGAUUAUUUGUAUUAAAUGUAUAGCGAUUUCGGCUUUAUAAAAGCAAACUUUGAUAUUUUGUAAAUAGUGAUAGUUAUAAUAAUCUUCAAAAGUUCAGAACUGACAAUAAAUUUGUUAGAUCGUGUAUAUAAGUGUUAGUUAAAAGUCUCUUCAUAUUACUGAUAACAUAGUUUAGGAUAGAGUGGCUUCAGAUGUUGUCGAAGACCUGUGGUAUUGAAUGUUUGUAGGUUUACGAUGUUAAUUGUUUAAUUAUGAAGGUAUUUAAUAAAACCAUGAUAGUAUUGUGUGUGACAAUGAGUUGGUACUUAAAGAUGCAAUUUAAAAAUACAGCAGUCUCGUUUGUAUUCAUACAUGACAUGAUUUUUGCUUUUAUUUUUUGAAGUUUUUAAUUAUUUUAUUAUCAGAGCCCAGAAGAUAAUCAUAUUAUGUAAUUCAAACACGUGGAUAGUUUUAUACAAACCUAUUUCCACGUGUUUGAGUAAAAAAGGGUAAUUGGAAUCUAUGACCUACACAUUUGUGACAGGUGAUUAUUGUUUUUUUUUAAGACAUCUGCGACACCAACUCAUGGUUACAUACCGGAAUACGCUUCAAAGCUUUCAGCCCCGAGCCCAGCUAAAGUUUUCCAGCGUUGAUAAUAGUCAAUUAAAAUGUAAUAUUCGUGUAGAACUAUCAUGCGGGCCUAAACCGUUCUAGAUAUAAACGUUCUAGUGUCUCAAGUGUAUCCGUAAUUUACAUUAAUUAACAGAAGUAUUUGUAGAGUCCCUAUUUGAGUACGAAGUAAGAAAAUGCUUCAGUUUUGUGUAUUAAGUUAGAUACUCCUUAGAAUUUAUAAGUAUGUUGUAGAUAAAAGUAUAGUACAACUCCCUAAAUUUAUUAUUUUUUAUAAAAUGUACAUAUCAAAUGUCAAAAUACUCAACCGGCGAAACUUGGAGCAUUUUCAAAUAGACUUUUUAUAGAUCUCCAUAUUAUUAUUAUUAUAAAUGUAAAGUCGCUUUAAUAAUCUGUAAUUUAUUACACGUUAAUUCAUAAGUUAUUUCAAAAUAAUAAUGAAAGACAAAAGUGAAAUAAAAUUAGUUAAGAAUUAUUAAAAAAGAAACAUAGAGUUAUUUAUAGCCAGUACAAGCAAUUACUUUUCAAAACGCAUAAUUGUAGAGACAUAUUAAUGUACCCCGAUAAUAAUGUAUAAUAGAAAAUGUAUCUUAUAUUAACGCCAAUAAGUCCUAAUUUUGUACUAAUCGAGCCAAAUGAGUUAAGCCUUUCCAUUUUCAAUAGUUGUCAAAUAAUCAAAUAUAUAGACAUUUAUUAUACUGUUAUUUAAUUUUCGUGAAUAGAAUAGUCGUUUUUCAUUUGUUAAAAAAAGAAAAUACUCAUUUUUUCUCAAGACUGUACAUAUUGUUUAGAUACCAGUAUUAUCGUUGUCAUGAGCAGUACUUAUUUCAUUUUAAUAUUAAUAAAUCUAGAGUUCUCGCCUUAGACCAGUGUCAAUAACUACUAUAUAAAAUUGUACAUAAGCUUUGUAUACUGUCUGUUCAUUUUGUGUCGGGAAAUGAA